AUGGCUACGGUUUUAAAAAAUAAUGCGGCAUCUGAAGUGAAUGCUAAACUCUAUUUAAACGAUGAAUUGGCCGAUGUUCGUUUUGCGUUCAGCGUCAAUGGUGUGGAUCAAAAGGUUCCAGCAAAUAAAGCCAAUUUGGCCGCUCUAAGCCCGGUUUUCUUCAGCAUGUUCUACGGUACAUUGAAAGAAGGAAACGAAGUGAAAAUUGUAGAUGCCAGCGCCGAAGGAUUCAAAGAUUUCCUCCAGUUCUUCUAUCUGAGUGAAGUGACGCUAAAAAUGGAAAAUAUCGAAACUGUUGUUCGUUUGGCGGAUAAGUACGACGUUCUAGGUUAUGUCGACGCAUGUGCCAUGUUCCUCAAAAGUCAAUUGAGUGCUAACAAUUUGUGCUGGGGCUAUCAACUAGCAUUGUUUCUCAAGAAUAAAUCAUUCAUUGAAUUCUGUGAGAAGGAGAUAAUCAAAGCAUCGGAACAAAUAUUGUAA